AUGUCUGAAACUAUGAACAAUUUCCGUGAUAGCAUCAUUAUACUCGAAGGAGAAUGUAACUGGGCCAUGUGGAAAGUCACUCUUCAGAGUGAGAUUUCAUCAAAUGAUGAUAGACUAUGGGGCAUCAUCACUGGCAAGGAAGCCCGCCCGCGAGACUUUGUGCUGCAAGCUUCUACUACCGCCAGAUUGGGGACAAAAUCAUCCAUCUCUUCGCCCUCAAUAUCUCUUGACCCUCUAGACGAAGCGAUUAUCUCAGAAGUCGAGAAAGCUCAGGGAGAGUGGGAUCACCGCAAUGGUCUUGCUCUCACAUACAUUCAAUCUACUAUCAACACAACGAUGGCCCAAGCUGUCCACAUAGAGGAUUGCCAUUUGGCUUACGAAGCCUUUGAGUCUCUCCGCAAGAUAUGUGAAAGAAACCCACCAUUUACGGCUUACACAACGGCAGUUCGCUGGCUCACAUACAAGUACGAACCUGAACAAAAUCCCCACGAGUUUGUCCAAAAUUGGGCUGGCCGUCUCGCCGAUAUGCAAAUGACACAACCCAGUUCACCAGUCUCUGAGCGUCUUUGCUGCCAGGUUUUUCUCGCCGCUGUGAUUAACAAUCCAGCUUGUCAUGCCUGGCUGGAUGAGCUGUCAUACGACAAAGGCGUCUAUACUGAACCUGACAUCGUGGCGCUUUAUGGACGCUUCCGGGAGUUGGAGUUGCGGCGUAUUAGUCUCGAGGAACAACAGGAAGAUGCCCAGAAAGAGAAAGAAAUUCAAGAAGAGGAUUUCAAUGAGUCUCUUUCUCUGUUACAAAAAAGGGUGAAUAGAAGUAAAUGA